CAGCCCAGCGAGCAGGAGGCAGGGGCCAGGAGGCUGGAGGGAGAGGAGACAAGAGGAGAAAAGGGGAGAGGAGAAGAGGGGAGAGGAGAAGAGGGGAGAGGCAGGAGGCAGGCAGCCACCCGGCUCAUUAUGUAAUCCACACCAGGCUCUGCUGGAAGUACUGACAGUUCUUUAGACGGACACUAGUUUUUAAAACAGAAUGUAUAUUUUUCUACGAGCUCCCACCAGACUGUGCGUGUGUGUGAGCAUCUUAAUUUGUAAGAUCUUAAUUUGAUCACCUUGUUGCAGGAGAACUUCUGAAGUUUCUAAUUUCCACUUUGAAAUUUCAGACUUCAUUUUCCCUUAUGAAAUAUGUAUCAACCCCUACAAAGAUGUCCAUUAAUUAUAAUCCACAUAAUAAUUCACAUUUCCUGUUUCUGCAGGAUUCUUUUCCUGCUGUAGCAAACUGGCUCAAAUAUCUUAAAUCUAUACACUUCCAGGUAGAACCCAGGUAGAACCCUUUUGGGAUCCAUGUAGAAAGGGUUCUUGGAGGCUGCUGAGGGGAGGACGGCUCAUAAUAAUGGCUGGAACGGAGCAAAUGGAAUGGCAUCGAACACGUUGAAACCAUGUGUUUAAUGUUUUUGAUACCAUUCCACCUAUUUUGCUUAAACCAUUACCACAAGCCCGCCAAUUAAGGUGCCACCAACCUCCUGUGUUCUACAUUGAACCCAAAAGGGUUCUACCUGGAACCAAAAUGGUUCUACCUGGAACCAAAAAUGGUUCUUCAAAGUGUUCUCCUAUUGGGACAGCUGAAGAAACCUUUUAGGUUCUAGAUAGCACCUUUUUUUCUAAUAGUGUAUGUGUGUGACUGUACGUGUUUGCCAGUUUGUGUGCAUGCAUUUUUGUGAGUUUCUGUGUAUGUCUAUGGCAUGUCGGUGUGUCAAUGCAUGUGUCUGCCUGGUGAGUGUGUCUGCAUGAGUGCGUUAACGACAUAUGAUAUCCUCAGCUCCUUGUGAUGGGUGUUGCAAAAUGCUGAAAUGCUGUCUUACUCACAGUCUCCAAUUGAAGCAACCCUGAUAAAGACCUGCAAACAGUCAAAUCCUCAGCCUGCCAAACCAAAACACACUGACAAGCCCUGCUACCUUUUUAAGUGUUCCCCUGAAGAAAAUAGUUCUUCAAGUGACAACAACAACCCUAAAAACUGUCAGAGAAAUUAAACACAUGCUUUGCUGACAGAGUCAUAGGGAGGUAAGAAUGGAAAAGCUGGGGCUGAUAUACACAUUCUUUCUACGAGUCCGUAUUUGGAAGGCCUUCAGAAUGCAUCCCAAAUGGCACCCUAUUCCCUAUGUAGUGCACCAUAUAGGGAAUAGGGUGCGAUUUGAGACGUAACAUUCUUUCAUGUUGAGAGAGAGAGAGGGAUGAAAAUUAAACACUGUUGUUAUUGGUUUCUCUGUUGUUACAAAUACACUGAACAAAAAUAUAAACGCAACAUGCAACAAUUUCAAAGAUUUUACUGAAUUACAGUUCAUAUAAUGAAAUCAGUCAAUUUAAAUAAAUUCAUUAGGACCUAAUCUAUGGAUCAGCGUGACAUGCAUAGAGUCUCCUUCGCAAAGAGUUGAUCAGGCUGUUGAUUGUGGCCUGUGGAAUGUUGUCCCACUCCUCUUUAAUGGCUGUGUGAAGUUGCUGGAUAUUGGCGGGAACUGGAACACACUGUUGUACACGUCGAUCCAGAGCAUCCCAAACAUGCUCAAUGGGUGACAUGUCUGGUGAGUAUGCAGGCCAUGGAAGAACUAGGAUGUUUUCAGCUUCCAGGAAUUGUGUACAGAUCCUUGCGACAUGGGGCUGUGCAUUUUCAUGCUGAAACAUGAGGUGAUGGUGGCGGAUGAAUGGCACGACAAUGGGCCUCAGGAUCUCGUCAUGGUAUCUCUGUGCAUUCAAAUUGCCAUUGAGAAAAUGCAGUUGUGUUCGUAGCUUAUGCCUGCCCAUACCAUAAACCCACCUCCGCCAUUGGGGCACUCUGUUCACAAUGUUGACAUCAGCAAACCGCUCGCCCACACGACGCCAUACAUGCUGUCUGCCAUCUGACCGGUACGGUUCAAACCGAAGUCGGUUACGAUGCCGAACUGCAGUCAGGUCAAGACCCUGGUCAGUACAAAGAGCACGCAGAUGAGCAUCCCUGAGACGGUUUCUGCAAAAAUGAUUCGGUUGUGCAAACCCACAGUUUCAUCAGCUGUCUGGGUGGCUCGUCUCAGACCGUCCCGCUUGGGAAGAACACGGAUGUGGAGGUCCUGGGCUGGAGUGGUUACACAUGGUCUGUGGUUGUGAGGCCGGUUGGACGUGCUGCCAAAGUCUCUAAAACAACAUUGGAGGCAGCUUAUAGUAGACAAAUAAACAUUUAAUUCUUUGGCAAUAGCUCUGGUGUACAUUCCUGCAGUCAGCAUGCCAAUUGCACACUCCCUCAAAACUUGAGGCAUCUGUGGCUUUGUGUUAUGUGACAAAACUGCACAUUUUAGAGUGACUUUUUAUUGUCCCUAGCACAAGGGGCAACUGUGUAAUGAUCAUGCUGUUUAAUCAGCUUCUUGAUAUGUUACACCUGUCAGGUGGAUGGAUUAUCUUGGCAAAGCAGAAAUUCUCACUAACAGGGAAGUAAACAAAUGUGUUCACAAAAUUUGAGCGAAAUAAGCUUUUUGUGCGUAUGGACAAUUUCUGGGAUCUUUUAUUUCAGCUCAUGAAACAUGGGACCACUAAUUUACAUAUUUUUGUUCACUAUAAAACAAGACUUUAUCAGAGGAAGUGCUACCUACCUGUUCUCCAAAGACAGUACAGUAUGAAGAUAGGCAGAAACUGCUUCUCCAAUAGAAAUCCCCGAUCACACUUGUCACACGAAUCAAGGGCAGUAUGAAAAAAAAAAUAAUAAUAAUAAUAAUAAUAAAAAACAUAAUAAUAAUGUAUGCACUCACUACCUGUAAGUCACUCUGGAUAAGAGCGUCUGCUAAAUGACUAAAAUGUAAAUGUAAAUGUAAUAUCAUGGCGACGUUGGCUGGCUAAGCUCAUGUGCAGAAACACAUCUUCUGGUCUAACGUUCUUCUCGUGCCGAACUGCGCAUGUGCAGGCCGUCAAAUCAAAUCAAAUCAAAUCAAAUCAAAUUUUAUUGGUCACAUGCGCCGAAUACAACAGGUGCAGACAUUACAGUGAAAUGCUUACUUACAGCCCUUAACCAACAGUGCAUUUAUUUUAAACAAAAAAGUAAGAAUAAAACAACAACAAAAAAGUGUUGAGAAAAAAAGAGCAGAAGUAAAAAAUAAAGUGACAGUAGGGAGGCUAUAUAUACAAUAGAAUAAAGUGACAGUAGGGAGGCUAUAUAUACAGGGGGGUACCGUUGCAUAGUCAAUGUGCGGGGGCACCGGCUAGUUGAGGUAAUAUGUACAUGUGGGUAGAGUUAAAGUGACUAUGCAUAAAUACUUAACAGAGUAGCAGCAGCGUAAAAAGGAUGGGGUGGGGGGGCAGUGCAAAUAGUCCGGGUAGCCAUGAUUAGCUGUUCAGGAGUCUUAUGGCUUGGGGGUAGAAGCUGUUGAGAAGUCUUUUGGACCUAGACUUGGCACUCCGGUACCGCUUGCCGUGCGGUAGCAGAGAGAACAGUCUAUGACUAGGGUGACUGGAGUCUUUGACAAUUUUGAGGGCCUUCCUCUGACACCGCCUGGUAUAGAGGUCCUGGAUGGCAGGGAGCUUUGCCCCAGUGAUGUACUGGGCCGUACGCACUACCCUCUGUAGUGCCUUGCGGUCAGAGGCCAAGCAGUUGCCAUACCAGGCGGUGAUGCAACCAGUCAGGAUGCUCUCGAUGGUGCAGCUGUAGAAUUUUUUGAGGAUCUGAGGACCCAUGCCAAAUCUUUUUAGUCUCCUGAGGGGGAAUAGGCUUUGUCGUGCCCUCUUCACGACUGUCUUGGUGUGUUUGGACCAUGAUAGUUCGUUGGUGAUGUGGACACCAAGGAACUUGAAGCUCUCAACCUGUUCCACUACAGCCCCGUCGAUGAGAAUGGGGGCGUGCUCAGUCCUCUUUUUUUUCCUGUAGUCCACAAUCAUCUCCUUUGUCUUGGUCACGUUGAGGGAGAGGUUGUUGUCCUGGCACCACACGGCCAGAUCUCUGACCUCCUCCCUAUAGGCUGUCUCAUCGUUGUCGGUGAUCAGGCCUACCACUGUUGUGUCGUCGGCAAACUUAAUGAUGGUGUUGGAGUCGUGCCUGGCCAUGCAGUCAUGGGUGAACAGAGAGUACAGGAGGGGACUGAGCACGCACCCCUGAGGGGCCCCCGUGUUGAGGAUCAGUGUGGCAGAUGUGUUGUUACCUACCCUUACCACCUGGGGGCGGCCCGUCAGGAAGUCCAGGAUCCAGUUGCAGAGGGAGGUGUUUAGUCCCAGGAUCCUUAGCUUAGUGAUGAGCUUUGAGGGCACUAUGGUGUUGAAUGCUGAGCUGUAGUCAAUGAAUAGCAUUCUCACGUAGGUGUUCCUCUUGUCCAGGUGGGAAAGGGCAGUGUGGAGUGCGAUAGAGAUUGCAUCAUCUGUGGAUCUGUUGGGGCGGUAUGCAAAUUGGAGUGGGUCUAGGGUUUCUGGGAUUAUGCUGUUGAUGUGAGCCAUGACCAGUCUUUCAAAGCACUUCAUGGCUACAGACGUCAGUGCCACGGGUCGGUAGUCAUUUAGGCAGGUUAUCUUAGAGUUCUUGGGCACGGGGACUAUGGUGGUCUGCUUGAAACAUGUUGGUAUUACAGACUCAGUCAGGGACAUGUUGAAAAUGUCAGUGAAGACACUUGCCAGUUGGUCAGCACAUGCUCGGAGUACACGUCCUGGUAAUCCGUCUGGCCCUGCGGCCUUGUGAAUGUUGACCUGCUUAAAAGUCUUACUCACAUCGGCUACGGAGAGCGUGAUCACAUAGUCGUCCGGAACAGCUGGUGCUCUCAUGCAUGCUUCAGUGUUGCUUGCCUCGAAGCGAGCAUAGAAGUGGUUUAGCUCGUCUGGUAGGCUUGUGUCACUGGGCAGCUCGCGGCUGUGCUUCCCUUUGUAGUCUGUAAUAGUUUUCAAGCCCUGCCACAUCCGACGAGCGUCAGAGCCAGUGUAGUAUGAUUCAAUCUUAGACCUGUAUUGACUCAAAGGCACUCCUUCGAUAUAAAGUUGUUUUUGACUAAAAUGAAAACAUCAGUUUAUUUCUUUUACAAGGUUGUUUUAUAAGACAUUGGCUCGAAUCAAGAAAAUUAACAACUAAGGAAGAAUGUUUAACUUCUCUCAUUUACUUCUGAAACCCCAGUGUGUUCUCCUUUGAAUUUAACUAAUUUCCCCGUUCCUGUCAUAUUAUUUACAAAAAGCAAGUAUUAGGGAGCUGUGACAGUUAAUUUCACACAUCUCAGACAAGAAAGUAAGUGGAAGUCUGUACAGGAGCCCACCCAUUACCAAUUUGCUGCCUGUACUCUCUCAUUCGGUUCCUAAACAUUUCACUGUUAUAAUCACUGGUAACAGACUGUGAAUGCCAUUAAAUGGAUAUUUCAGGAUGUUGGCAAUGCCCUUUAUCUACUUCCCCAGAGUCAGAUGAACUCUUGGAUACCAUGUCUAUGUCUCUCUCUGUGGAAGUUGCUAUGUUGCGUUAGCGCAAUUGCUAACUAGUUUUAGCGCAAUGACUGGAAGUCUAUGGGAACAGCUAGCAUGCUAGCUGUUCCUGUAGACUUCCAGCUGUUCCCAUAGACUUCCAGUCAUUGAGCUAAUGCUAGUUAGCAUUGGCUCGCAAAACUACCUCUAACUUCUUUCAUACUGGACAUAGAGACAAAAAAAAUGUUGCCUUACCUUUUAUAUCCCAAAAAACAAAAACACUGCAUGCAUCACUAGAGAACAAAAAGGUACAACAGAGAUUUUGGGGAGGAAAACCAUCGGUGCAUAAAAAAGGUAAGCCUUCAAGUCAAUUGGUUGAAUUGCAGCUUCUCUCUCUUUGGGCUCAUUUCAUAUGCCUUGUGUGCUGUGUGUGCCAGGUUUGAUCCUCUAGUGCACCUGCAUUUGGCUCAGUAGGCCUGAAGGCUGAUGUUGUGUCUCUGUCCUGGGCGUUCUAUCUGAUUAUAAUAAUUGUCUUAAUGCUCCUUGUUUUACUAUCCUUGUGAGGACUUCUGGUCCCCACAAGGAGGAGGACUUCUGGUCCCCACAAGGAUAGUAAAACCAAAAACACACACUCUUCCAUGGAAGGGUCUGGGGAGGAGAGACCGACUACUGUGUCUGAUAACCAAGCCAUUAACUAAAAUGAACUGAAUCUGAGCUGUCUUAAUGUUCUUCAUUUUUUAUUUAUUAAUGGACAGUUAAUUAUGGGGGGGAGUUAGUUCCUUUGCCAUGCAAAUAUAGAAAAAUGAUCUCAGAAUAGUUGUAUUAGAUAUGUUUGCUAGAUAAAGGAGGUCCUUAUUCAUACCCUAUUACUGUUGCACCUGGCAUAAAGAUACAGCUACCCUAUCUGUAUCCCAUCCAAACCCACACACCUACCUGAUCCCUGUUUUUGACUGGAUGUCAUAAUUCACUGAUGUCCUCCCUGUCUGCACUUUUCUUCCCACUCCCUGUUGUUUACCAGUAACUUCCAAAAUAAAGGAAACACUAACACAAAGUGUAUUAAUAUGGCAUUGGGCCACCAUGACUCAGAACAGCUUGAAUGCACCUUGGCAUAGAUCAGUGUUUCCCAAACUCGGUCCUAGGGACCCCAAGGGGUGCAUGUUUUGGUUUUUGCCCUAGCACUACACAGCUGAUUCAAAUAAUCAAAGCUUAAUGAUUAGUUGAUUAUUUGAAUCAGCUGUGUAGUGAUAGGGCAAAAACCAAAACGUGCACCCCUUGGGGUCCCCAGGACCGACUUUGGGAAACGCUGGCAUAGAUGCUACAAGUGUCAGGAACUCUAUUGGAGGGAUGUGACACCAUUCUUCCACAAGAAAUUCUAUAAUUUAGUGUUUUGUUGAUAGUGGUGGAAAACGCUGUCUCAGGCGCCAGUCCAAAAUCUCCCAUAAGUGUUAAAUUGGGUUGAGAUCUGGUGACUGAGACUGCCAUGGCAUAUGAUUUACAACGUUUUCAUGCUCAUCAAACCAUUCAGUGACCACUUGUGCCCUGUGGAUGGGGGCAUUGUCAUCCAAUGGGGGCAUAGCCAUGGUAGCCAAAAUAAUGCCCAGCAUUUCUAUACAUGACCCUAAGCAUGAUGGGAUGUUAAUUGCUUAAUUAACUCAGGAACCACACCUGUGUGGAAGCACCUGCUUUCAAUAUAUUUUAUAUUCUUCAUUUACUCAAGUGUUUCUAUUAUUUUGGCAGUUACCUGUAUGUGUGUGUGACUAUGCAGAUCUUCUUCCCCUGUCCUGUAGGUACAAUGUAGCAGUGCUGCAUGCUGAUCUUGUCUCCCCCUCCCUGUCCUGUAGGUACUACGUGUGCGUGACAGUGCUGAUCUACUUCCUGCCUCUACUGGUGAUGGGCUGCGCCUAUCUGGUGGUGGGCCUCACUCUCUGGGCCAGUAACAUACCUGGAGACUCCUCUGACCGCUACAAGGAGCAGCUCACUGCCAAACGCAAGGUACAGCACACUAUAAUAAAAGGUACAGUACAGUAACCCUGGGUUACACCAGCCCAGCUCACAGCCAAACACAAGGUACCAUACACUAACACUGGGUUUAAAGAAAUAGCAUUGACCAUAGUAUUAUAUAAUGUACUUUGUCUCUGUUGUUUACAUGCUCUACAGUAGCCCAGCUCACAGCCAAAUGCAAGGUACAGGUGUACAGUAGGAUCUUCAUUGAUCACCCUGUUGCAGGAUAACUUUCUUGCAAUGCAGGACAUUUUAAACUUGUAGUGUAUUUGAGGUUUAUAUAUUUUUUAAAGUCCAUUAUAAUCCACAUAACAAUUCAAAAUUUCUGUUGCUGCAGGAUUAUUUCCCUGCUAUUACACACUGGCUGAAAUUAAGAUCACAAAUCCAUACACUUACAAAUCAGGGGUGUUGUAUGGUAAAUAUUUACUGUGGGGCUCUGGGAAGCAGCAGAUGAUUCCAGAAUUGAGUACAGUAACUCUGCAUGGGUUCACACCAUAGUAAGCUAUGGUUUACAUGCUCUGCUAGCUACAGCCCCGUCGAUGAGAAAGGGGGUGUGCUCGGUCGUCUUUUUCCUGUAGUUCACAAUCAUCUCCUUUGACUUGAUCAAGUAGAGGGAGAGGUUGUUAUCCUGGUACCACACGGCCAGGUCUCUGACCUCCUCCCUAUAGGCUGUCUCAUCGUUGUCGGUGAUCAGGCCUACCACUGUUGUGUAAUUGGCUAAAUUAAUGAUGGUGUUGGACUCAUGCCUGGCCAUGCAUUCAUGGGUGAACAGGGAGUACAGGUGGGGACUGAGAUCGCACCCCUGAGGGGCCCCCGUGUUGAGGAUCAGCGUGGCAGAUGUGUUGUUACCUACCCUUACCACCUGGAAGUCCAGGAUUCAGUUGCAGAGGGAGGUGUUUAGUCCCAGGGUCCUUAGCUUAGUGAUGAGCUUUGAGGGCACUAUGGUGUUGAACGCUGAGCUGUAGUCAAUGAACAGCAUUCACACGUACAGUACCAGUCCAAAGUUUGGACACACCUACUCAUUCAAGGGCUUUUCUUAAUUUUUUACUAUUUUCUACAUUGCAGAAUAAUAGUAAAGACAUCAAAACUAUGAAAUAAGUAACUCUGGGUCUUCCAUUCCAGUUUCAUCAUAGAGCUUGAUGGUUUUUGCGACUGCACUUGAAGAAACUUUCAAAGUUCUUGAAAUGUUCCGUAUUGACUGACCUUCUGUGGUGUCGAGACAACGAUGCUGAUAUGCUGUGUUGACAAGAAAUCCGAGGACACUGAACUCUGAUUAUAAUGGUUUAUUAUAUCAAAGAUUUUCAGCAUCAAUUUACAGACUUCUGCAGAAAUCCGGAGAACAACUAACCCAAUCUAAAAAUGAUUAUUCUCCCCGUCCUUUGUUCAAAACCUGGUAUAUAUCCUAUGUAACAUAAUAUCGCGUGAUUUGAAUAGACCAAUCCCUGACCUUCACAUAGCAGACUCUCCUCUGUUUUAGGGGGCCCCUAUAUUAAUGCUUUCCAGAUGUUUCCGCAAGCAGAGCCAAGUUCUGGGAUGUUCAGAUACUACACUUCAUUUCUUAAAGUAAUGAUGGACUGUUGUUUCUCUUUGCUUAUUUGAGCUGUUCUUGCCAUAAUAUGGACUUGGUCUUUUACCAAAUAGGGCUACUUUCUGUAUACCCCCCUACCUUGUCACAACACAAUUGAUUGGCUCAAACGCAUGAAGAAGGAAAUAAAUUCCACAAAUUAACUUUAAAGAAGGCACAGCUGUUAAUUGAAAUGCAUUCCAGGUGACUACAUCAUGAAGCUGUUUGAGAGAAUGCCAAGAGUGUUCAAAGCUGUCAUCAAGGCAAAGGGUGGCUAUUUGAAGAAUCUCAAAUAUAAAAUAUAUUUUGAUUUGUUUAACACUUUUUUGGAUACUACAUGAUUCCAUAUGUGUUAUUUCAUAGUUUUGAUGUCUUCACUAUUAUUCUACAAUGUAAUUUUUUUUACAAAUAAACAAAAACACUUGAAUGAGUAGGUGUGUCCAAACUUUUCACUGGUAAUGUAGGUGUUCCUUUUGUCCAGGUGGGAAAGGGCAAUGUGGAGUGCAAUAGAGAUCGCAUCAUCUGUGGAUCUGUUGGGGCGGUAUGCAAAUUGGAGUGGGUCUAGGGUUUCUGGGAUAAUGGUGUUGAUGUGAGCCAUGACCAGCCUUUCAAAGCACUUCAUGGCUACAGACGUGAGCGCUAUGGGUCGGUAGUCAUUUAGGCAGGUUACCUUAGUGUUCUUGGGGACAGGGACUAUGGUGGUCUGCUUGAAACAUGUUGGUAUUACAGACUCAGUCAGGGACAGGUGUAAAAUGUCAGUGAAGACACUUGCCAGUUGGUCUGCGCAUGCUCGGAGUACACGUCCUGGUAAUCAGUCUGGCCCUUCGGCCUUGUGAAUGUUGACCUGUUUAAAGGUCUUACUCAUACCGGCUACGGAGAGCGUGAUCACACAGUCGUCCGGAACAGCUGAUGCUCUCAUGCAUUCUUCAGUGUUGCUUGCCUCGAAGCGAGCAUAGAUGUAAUUUAGAUCGUCUGGUAAGCUUGUGUCACUGGGCAGCCCGCGGCUGUGCUUCCCUUUCUAGUCUGUAAUAGUUUGCAAGCCCUGCCACAUCCGACAAGCGUCGGAGCCGGUGUAGUACGAUUCAAUCUUAGUCCUGAAUUGAUGCUUUGCCUGUUUGAUGGUUCAUCGGAGGGCAUAGCGGGAUUUCUUAUAAGUGUCUGGGUUAGAGUCUCGCUCCUUGAAAGCGGCUGCUCUACCAUUUAGCUCAGUGCGGAUGUUGCCUGUAAUCCAUGGCUUCUGGUUAGGGUAUGUACGUACGGUCACUGUGGGGACGACGUCAUCGAUGCACUUAUUGAUGAAGCCAGUGACUGAUGUGGUGUACUCCUCAAUGCCAUCGGAAGAAUCCUGGAACAUAUUCCAGUCUGUGCUAGCAAAACAGUCCUGUAGCUUAGCAUCUGCGUCAUCUGACCACUUCUUUAUUGACCGAGUCACUGGUGCUUCCUGCUUUAGUUUUUGCUUGUAAGCAGGAAUCAGGAGGAUAGAGUUAUAGUCAGAUUUGCCUAAUGGAGGGCGAGGGAGAGCUUUGUAUGCAUCUCUGUGUGUAGAGUAAAGGUGGUCUAGAGUUUUUUUCCUCUGGUUGCACAUUUACCAUGCCGGUAGAAAUGAGGUAGAAUGGAUUUAAGUUUCCCUGCAUUAAAGUCCCAGGCCACUAGGAGCGAUGCCUCUGGAUUAGCGUUUUCCUGUUUACUUAUGGCCUUAUACAGCUCAUUGAGUGUAGUCUUAGUGCCAGCAUUGGUUUGUGGUGGUAUAUAGACAGCUACAAAAAAUAUAGAUGAAAACUCUCUUGGUAAAUAGUGUGGUCUACAGCAAAAAAAAGAGGACUGAGCAAGCCCCCAUUCUCAUCGACGGGGCUGAAGUGGAACAGGUUGAGAGCUUCAAGUUCCUUGGUCUCCACAUAACCAACAAACAAUCAUGGUCCAAACAAACCAAGACAGUCGUGAAGAGGGCACAACACAGCCUAUUCCCCCUCAGGAGACUGAAAAGAUUUGGCAUGGGUCCUCAGAUCCUCAAAAAGUUAUACAGCUGCACCAUUGAGAGCAUCCUGACUGGUUGCAUCACCGCCUGGUAUGGCAACUGCUCGGCCUCCGACCGCAAGGCACUACAGAGGGUAGUGCGUACGGCCCAGUACAUCACUGGGGCCAAGCUUCCUGCCAUCCAGGACCUUCAUAGCAGGCGGUGUCAGAAGAAGGCCCUAAACAUUUUCAAAAUCUCCAGCCACCCUAGUCAUAGACUGUUCUCUCAGCUACCGCACGGCAAGCGGUAUCGGAGCGCCAAGUCUAGGUCCAAAAGGCUUCUUAACAGCUUCUACUACCCCCAAGCCAUAAGACUCAUGAACAGCUAAUCAUGGCUACCCAGACUAUUUUCAUUGCCCCCCCACCCCACCCCAUCCCAUCCCCCUCUUUUACGCUGCUGCUACUCUGUUUAUUAUUUAUGCAUAGUCACUUUAACUCUACCCACAUGUAUAUAUUACCUCAAUUACCUCGACUAACCAGUGCCCCCUUCAACAUUGACUCUGUAAUGGUAACCCAUCAAUAAUGUUUUACUUAAAACUUUUUUUUAUUUUCUUAAAACUGCAUUGUUGGUUAAGGGCUUGUAAGUAAGCAUUUCACUGUAAGGUCUACACCUGUUGAAUUCAGCGCAUGUGGCAAAUACAAUUUGAUUUGAUUUGAUGUCUCUAUCAUUUUUAGUGAGGUUGAUCAGGCCUCACCAGAAAGUCAGGAAAAAGGUCAUUCAACACUAUUAAGUGUUUGUUAGUAUUCACUAUGCUAAUCUUAAUCAGCAACACAAACGUUUUAAUUACAUACAAAACAUGAUAUGAUAAGACCACUGUCCUGCCUUGCCCUUCAUGUUCAUGAACAAAUACAAAUAACGGCCAUUUUAGGUUUGGUAACCCCCAAUGCUGUCACUUGAGGGUUUGGUAACCCCAAUGCUGUCGUUUGACAGAAUUUAUUUUUCAAAACUCUGCUAACAAUUACUCACAAUAUGAACUCCACUCUAAUUUCUCGUGACCCCUCCUCACUUUCGUAAAUUCUAUAAAUCUAUUUCGGAAUAAGAUGUAAUAAAACGUCUCACGAGAUUAAAAACCCACCAAGGUUUUCUGAGUUUUCAAAGUGUUUGGCCUGGUAAUUGUAAUUUGUUACCUUUUAGAAUCCAUUCCCCUGGCAUUUCGCAUAGAUUCUUCCAACCCCAAAAUUGGUUCCACACCCGUCGCCAUGUAACAUUAUCCGGGUAUUGUUACUGGUCCUAUGGUCAGAGACAUGGGUAGUAGUCGUAUCGCUUUCGAUUCUGCCCCUGUUACCUUGCUGAAUAUAAUACUUUUUCCUGUCUUAAAUUUAGCCUAUUUCUCAUCUAAGGAAUCAGUGAUAUUUGAGCACCGGUAUCUAUUCGAAAGUUGUGUGAGAAGUGUCCUCCUACAUCUCCCUACACAUAGAAACCGUCAUCUCUAUGAACCACUAUCGAUCAAACCGAGGCCAUACACCGCUAUGUGAAAGUUUCCUGCCCCGCUGCUUUCAAGAGUGUUUGCUGCUGUUCUUUUGUCAAAGUUGCAAACGCUUGCAUCGCAGUAUUCAAAUGCAGCGGGUGCCGUAGGCUCUAGUACUACCCUACACUCAUUCUUCCAAUGACCAACGACCCCACAUCUAAAACAGGGAUCUGUCGCAUUACGCUUUGAUGUUUUUUUGCUACUUUUCCCUCCCUGUUUCUUUGUCUUACCUUGGCCAUUGAAACCACUGUUAGUGACUCUCACUGUGGCUAAAUUAACCACACGCACGGCUGCAAAGUAAUCAGAAUUAGAUCCCAAUGAAAAUGUUGGUCCACUACCCCUGCAAUAGCCGUUUUGAUAACAGGUUUCAAACCUGCCGUCAAAGCAUUCGUACACAUUCUAUCAAUGUACUCACUUGUUCUCAACUGGCUUAUCUUGUUAAAUAAAGGUGAAAUAAAAUUAAAACAUUAAAACGUACCCAGUCUUUUUGCAGCUGAGUACAUCUACUAAUUUUGUUUUUAUCGGUUUUUAUUUUUUGUUGAUAGAAUUCUGACAUCAAAACACUGGUGUAUUUAGCUUUAGAUUUUUAUUCUAUGUCAUUGUGCCAAGUCACAAUUGCAUCUCUGAAUUCUUUAUUAGAUUGGAAUUUUCCAUCAAUAGGAAAAUGCUGAGCAAUUUUAUCAAAUUUGCUAAAUUUUUCCCAUAUUCGAGACGAAUUAGUAGAAUGCUUGUGCGCCUCUUUCAGCGCCUCUAUGGCUUUAUUAAACUUUUCUUCCUCUAGCCCCCCUUCACAGGGAGAAUCGGGGUCGCCAGUCGCCAUUUCAAUAGUUAUUAUUCCGACGCCUCUCCCGACGGUGUCCAGAGUGUUUAGAUUUCUUCACCCAUGGCUCUAAUACUCGCCAAUUUUAACUAUAAAUAUUUUGUUAUUGUAUUUAGUUAUCCCACUUCCCGGAGAGUAGUUACGGUAUUGGUACCAAAUAAUUUGGUGACUGGACCUGAUACCUUGAAUUAGAAACAAUACUGAAGCUUCUGCCAAUUUACUAAUGGAGAAUACGGAUGACCUAAUGUCUUAUUCAAAUAUCAUUGUUGUUGACAACACAUGUAACCAAAAUUAUUCACAGUUGUCUUCUUAUUUCCACACAAUCUGUCACGGUUCCCCGCCCCGAUCUAAAUCGUGGUGAAUCCUGUUCACAGCGCCAACUGUUCUAAAUGAACAGAGAAAAACUCACGGACAACUAGUAAUGUUCAAACCAAGUUUAUUCACCCACUGGGUCACACAGCUGCAUAAGACAAAGACAUGUUUACACAAGCACAUAUAUUUAUACCUUCCUCCUAUGACGAGUCUCCUCCUUGCACAUCUAGACAGCCAAUACAUCUCUGUUGCUAGACAGGACUUUAGUGAUGCCUGUUCUUUCUCACUUCAUUUGACCUGACCUCGGCCCAAAUUCCUCACUCCUCCCCAACUCACGGCUGUCCUACCUUAUCUGUUGACUGAAACCAGACUGUGGCCCUUCUCCUCUCCAUAGGAUACCUGAUGUCUAACAAUAACAUGUUCUGACAGAAUGUACCAUUUCAGUAACAUGAAUAAGGAUAUUUCAUAUUUCAAGUUUAUAAGUCAGUACCAAUCAACACCAUAGUAAGCUAAUUUGGGAGAAAACAAGAACAACUUGGCUGCAUUACAGAAUGUACCAUUUCAGUAACAUGAAUAAGGAUAUUUCAUAUUUCAAGUUUAUAAGUCAGUACCAAUCAACACCAUAGUAAGCUAUGGUUUACAUGCUCUGCUAGCUAUUGUUCAUCAAAAUUUCAGUAAGAAUAUCUGGGGUUUAUGGGGCUAGCUGUAUACCGCUAUGGCUGCAUUUACACAGGCAUCCCACUUCUGAUAUUCUGCCCAAUGUUUGGAAAAAGCCCAAUUGUAUGAGCCCUGGUCAAAAUCACUGCACGUUAUAGGAAAUUAUGGUGUAAUUUGGGAGAAAACAAGAACAACUUGGCUGCAUUACCUCCAGGUCCAGCCAGGGAGAAGUUGAACUUUCCUUCUUUCUUCACUGACACACGUAAGACACACUACUUUCUUAUUUCUCUCACACAUACCGUCUUCCACUUUCUUUCCGCUGUCUUGUUCCCUUUCACCUUCUUUUCUUCAGUUGACUUCUCUCCCUGUUUAUACAGUUUCACUGUAUCAGGGUUAGGGUCAAUUCAAUAUGAAUUGAGGCGAAGCCAAUUCACAAGAUUAAUUUACAUUUUGAUUCAACAAUUGCGAAGUCCCAUUUAUAUCAAUGAAACGCCUCCUGAAAUGACUGAGUCGAACUCAGAAUUACAUAUAGAACUAAUUUAAUACGAUCUCUGUGAUUAGAAUUUGAAUGAACCCCAAUCCUGUGGUGUAUCUGUAUCUCUAUCUGUGUUAGGUGGUGAAGAUGAUGAUCGUGGUGGUGUGUACGUUUGCUAUCUGCUGGCUGCCCUACCACGUGUACUUCCUGCUCCACCUGUUCUCCCCCCUCCUGUUUGAGACGCUCUACAUCCAACAAGUCUACCUGGCUGUUAUGUGGCUGGCCAUGAGCUCCACCAUGUACAACCCUAUCAUCUACUGCUGUCUCAACGACAGGUAGGUACACUACACUACGCAGGAACACACACACAGGUGUGCGCACAUGGCACACACACACACAGGCACAUAUGCACGCAUGCAAAUCCUCUUACCUGUUUUUUAUUAGGUAGAUUGUUUAUUCAGUGCAUUAUUUAUAUGUUGAGGACCAUUCAUCACAUAUUAUUCUUAACCUUUACCGUUGUGGUGAAGGCAAAAUUGGAGAAAAAAACGUAGGAAUUAUUGCAUGAACAACAACUAGUUUCUCUAAUAUGACUUGUUACAGUUUUUGUUUAUUGCUUUGGUGCAAUUUUCACAAGUAUGUGGUACAAAACUCAAAACAGAUCAUCAAAAUGGUAGUUGUUUCAAAACUCUAAGAACAUUUUCAAUUGACUAAGUACAACACACAAAAUCAUAGUCAUUUUUUCACCAAACUGUUUCAUCUAGAAAUACGUUUCACAUUGCAAUACAUUUUCAUAUAAAGUAAUUGCCUUUCACAAUGCAAUGCUCACAUUACUUUUGAUAUGAUUCUCUUCUCUUUUUAAGACAUUUUACUAUUACUUAAUCUGACUGAUGAUCACUUAAACAUUUGGUAAACCUAUAGAUUUGGUUGGUUUUCCUAACAACCACCUGUCGGCUGUCUAGUGUCUCUGAAAGAUGCCUAUUUCACACUAGGUUAUGACUGAGUGUCAUUAUAGUACAAAACAGAAAUGUGAGAGUUAGUUACAGUGCUAGAGAACUGCGUCAUGAACUAAGUCAUGAAACAUUCUGCAGUGCCCCUCUCCUCUCCACAUCUGCCUCCACUCAUUUUUCAUCAAACACUUUCCUCUUCUUCUUACUCUGUCCUCAGCUUUUUCACAUUCCCCUUUUUUAAAAUAUCUCCUCCUGGCCUCUCUUCUGGUCCCUGUCUGUCUGUCUGUGUCUGUCCUGUGCUAUCUGUCUCUCUGUCCUUCCCUAGGUUCCGAGCUGGCUUCAAGCAGGCGUUCCGAUGCUGUCCCUGUGUCCCCGCUGGCUCUUACGAGGGUCUGGAGCUCAAGUCCACACGUUAUCUACAGACCCAGACCAGCAUGUACAAGGCCAGCCGUAUGGAGACCACUGUGUCCACCGUGCCGCACGUGGCCGACGACUUGGAGCCUCCCAGGUUUGGGGCCCUAUCUGGGGCCGGGUGUGAGGCCGGGGCGCGGGGGGUUGGCGGAGGGGGAGUGGGGUUGUGUGCGGUGGCGGCACCCAGGCGCUCCUCUCUGGACCUGACUUCCAACGGCUCUUCGUCCCGCAGCGUCUCCAAGACCGUUUCGGAGACCUCCAGCUUCUACAACAACCUGCCUGAG